CCUGAUUCGACUCAUACUCCGCUCAUUUACUUUUUUAUUUUUUUUUCUGUGUUUUUUGGUUUCUUUCUUUCAUUGACAAAACGCGCGCAUCAUGUCUUUGAUUCGUUUCUCGACACUUGUUUUAUUGGUAGCCUAUUUGGCUGGCACACAAGCUUUAUAUUUCUACUUGGAAAAUACGGAGAGAAAAUGUUUUAUUGAAGAUUUACCUAAAGAGACCAUGGUCAUUGGUGUCUAUAAGGCAGAACAAUACAAUACCAAUACAAACCAAUGGGCCGAAAACCCUGAAUCAAAAGUUGAGAUUUCUGUCGAGGAACUUCCUGCUCGUCAUAAAAUUGUAGAUACCAAGGGCAAGCCUUCUGGCCGCUUUACUUUUACUUCUCUUGAAUCUGGCGAUCAUGCCAUCUGUAUUUCUGUUAGCUCCAACUCUUGGUUUGAUAGCCACAAAACUAAAAUCACAUUGGACAUGGACUUUGAUGACCCAACUGAUCACCAUGACCAUCAUGCUGAAGGUGUUUCUGGUAAGUUUAUUAUAUGAUAAAAUAAAGCUGAUCAUGUCAAGAUUUGGUAAAGCGAGUUCAUGAAUUAAAUGAGCGUGUUGAAGAUAUUCAAAUUGAACAAAAUGCUCAACGUGAACGUGAAAGAGAUUUCCGUGAUCAAUCUGAAUUGACGAAUUCUCGCGUUAUUUGGUGGACUAUUUCUCAGACUGUUGUUCUUGGUGUUGUCUGUUUCUGGCAAAUGCAUUAUUUCAAGAACUUUUUUACAGCUAAGAAACUUGUAUAAAAUCAAUAAAUUGUUAUCUUUAAGAA